AUGCGACCCGAAGACUCCUCGGAGGCUGAGAAAUGCCCUGUCGAUCCGCGAACACGAGAAAUCUGGCUCGAAGCCGCCAAAGCAAAAGGCUCCUCAGAAACACCGCCAAAGAUUAAAUCUCCCGCACCCUCAAACCUCCCACCAGCCCGCUGGUCUCUCGACACAUCCUCAUGGCAGCCCUUAUCAACUCGGGCACCUCCACCGAAACCCUCAACACGCAAAACCCUCCCCACCGACCGCGAAAUCAGCACAAUCCCCCGCGCCAUCACCGAUCCCUCGACCCUCAACUCCGCCGAACGUGCCGCCCUUCCACCCUCCAACUCCGAGUCCGACACCGGCCAUGACGCCUCAACCGGAAACUGGGUCUACCCUUCCCAAUCCCAGUUCUUCUCCGCCAUGCAGCGCAAAGGCCACGAAGCGGACCCAUCAGACAUGUCCUCCGUCGUGCCGAUCCACAACGCCGUGAACGAGCGCGCGUGGUCGGAGAUAAAGAAAUGGGAAGCAGGUUGGGGAAGCGAGAAGUGCGGUGGACCGAAGUUGGUGUCUUUUGCCGGCGAUAGUAAGAAAUUGACACCGAGAGCGAGGUGGAAUGGACUGUUGGGGUACUCGGAGCCGUUUGAUCGACAUGACUGGGUGGUGGAUCGGUGUGGGAAGAAGGUGGAGUAUGUGAUUGACUUCUACAAAGGAAAAGGCGGAGCUGGGCCGUUGAGCUUUUAUCUGGAUGUCAGGCCAAAGUUGAAUAGCUGGGAAGGGUGGAAGAUGAGAGGGAUGAAAGGCGUGGGAUUAGCAUGA